AUGAUGAUGGCGAUGAGCUAUCAGCAACGCAAUGCACAGGCAGUGAAGGUUAUUCUCUCCGAGCUCUACGUUACAUGGAGCACGAGCGACGAGGGUGGGUUUGAGAUCCAAACGGCCCUUGAGGAAAUACUAGGUGCGGCGUACGCCACUGAUAGAAAUGUUGGCUACGCGGGAGUUGACGACGAACGGCGUUGCUACGCCUCGAACCCCGAUAAAGAUGAUGAUGAACAAUCGUUGGCGGAGCGAGUUGUGGAAGUGUACGGCUCACACCAUACGGAUCCCGGCUUGGUCCCACAAGCAUUAUUGCCAAGCCUCUCGAUAUCCCCGCCUGCGUCACCUUCUGGAAGCAUUCACCGUCGUUUGUUGGAUGAGAGCCAAAAAUCUCCAAGCCCUGUACUAGCCCCACGAUUUUUUGGAGUGGAUGAGCUGGAUUAUCCACACCGUGCAUGCUCCCCUGGUGCCAUAGGUCCAUCCUCACCGAACGUCUCAGUACAUCUAAAGCCCGUUGUAGAUCCCAUGGCACCUGUGCCACACAUCAGUAGCACCACUAAUGGAACCGUCUCUCCGCCUGCGGCACAUUCCUUAGGCAGCCCCUGUCUGGAUACCACUGUUGACGCCGCAAUGGUCUCAGGAGAUGUGUUCACCCCACUAGAAGCGUCACCAAAUGGAAACAUGUCACAAUCGCAGCGCCUUGUACACUCCUCUGGAAACUUUGCUUCAAUGCCCCCAGAUAAUGUGCUGCGAGCGACAUAUGAUGACAUCCCGAUCUUUUAUGAAAAGGCAGAAAUGAAAGGUAUACAACACACCAUUUCAGAGGCUGAGGAAGAUUGUUUAAAAAGUUUCUUUGCAAUGAAGGGUUCUGCACUAAAUCGCAAAAUAUUAUCGGGUUCUAACUUACCCAUUGACUCCACGAAAACAGUACGUAAGGGUCAGUUUAGCAAACUCUGUCAGGAGGUUUUCAAGAUUCCAACAUGGAUGAAGGAUGCACUUUUUGGUCGUAUUGCAGCUGCAGCAGGCGUCUCUGAAUCCGCUGCCCUCACCUACGAACAAAUAUCGAGUUUUUAUUACAAUAUAUUUGGUCCGCUUACGGUGAAUCGACGACUGUUUGAGCUUAUCCGGGGUGAUUCAGACAGCCAAUAUUUAACACUGCAGAAUUUUAAGGACAUGGCGCGUUAUUUGGUUGACUCCCAUCCUGGGCUUGAGUUUCUCAAACAACCAGAGUUUCAGGAGUACUACUGCCGCACUGUUGCUAUACGAAUUAUGUAUUCAUUAGAGCGGCAACAAAGCGGUAAAAUAAGCUGGUUUGUAUUUGAUCGUAGUGAUCUUCCUGAGGUUAUGCAGGAACUAGAUGAAAAAGAUGUAAAUUUGGUGCUACAGUAUUUCUCGUAUGAGCAUUUCUACGUACUCUACUGUAAGUUUUGGGAGUUGGACACAGACCGGGAUCAACUUGUCGGGUUUGAUGACUUGUGUAAAUACGGUCAAAACUCCGUUUGCCCAUCUGUCAUAAAGCGGGUAGUGGAGGGUGCGGCACGGCCCCUUUCAUCUGGUAAGCAGGAACAACUGGACUUUGAAGAUUUUGUGUACUUUUGUCUGUCCGAGGAAGAUAAAAAUAAUAGCCCGGCGGUUUAUUACUGGUUUAAGGUGCUUGACGUAGAUGGUGAUGGCAUCUUGAGCGGUUAUGAGUUGUUUGAGUUUUAUAGGGAAAACCAUCAGCGUUUCUUGGAGUUUUCCGAAAACCCAGGAGAUCUGACGUAUGGGGAUAUGAUGUGUCAAAUGCUAGACAUGAUGGGGUUCUUGUGUAGUCAGGAUGAUCAGAUUGGCUUAACGCUGAGUGACCUGCGCGCGUGUCCGACGCCGUCUAACUUCUUCAAUAUGGUGUUUAACGCCCAGAAGUUUAUGCUUUUUGAGCACCGCGACCCCUUCGCAGAACAUCAGCAAAAGUUGCGUCCGGAGAAAACAGACUGGGAUCGCUUUGCGCGUGCGGAGUAUGACCGCAUGGCAAGUGAGUCCCAGUGA